AUGAUUUUCCGGCGCAUCCAGCCCAAACCUCCCCAGCGUGCUCCAUUCGCGUCCACCCACAGUGGACCAUUGUCUCCCGAAGCAUCGAGCCACCCCACCCUCGACGCCCCUCCCCCUUCCCCUUCCUCAUCCGUCGAGUCUCGCGCCUGGGUACCAGCCCCUCAUUGUACCCAGCAACAUCCUACUGUUCCGGCUUGCCACCCCAUCCCCGGCCUCACCGCGCUGCUGUCACCGUUCCCUGGCUCAGUUUUUUCGCCUCAGUCACAAUGCGCGCUCGAGAUUUGUAUCUCCGAGCCUGCUUAUCCCACUGGAAUUGUCGACAACUACUCGACUCACUACCCAGGGACAACUCCGUUCUUGACUGAUUCGUCGCUCGGUGCGCAAGGCGAUUCAGCCAACUAUGCGGAUUCAACUCUGACUUUGCUGUACACACCCGGCUAUCCAAAUUGUCCAGGAAGCAUCGGUCCAGACUCCCAAGAGCCAAUGGAAGUUGUUUCGAGCCAAGACCCCUUGUCCAUGUCGGAUACAAGCGCCAACCCUUGCUUGGAAGCAGUCCGCAGCCAUUCGGGACUCGACAACGUUUUCCUGUUCGAGUCCAGCUCCAUUGAAGCCUCAAGAGAGUUGGGCUAUGUGCCACUCGACGGUUCGUUCCCCCAAGAGGCGAAUAUGACUGCUCUUACUAGUUGCUUGACUCCUCAUCCCACCGAGAUGUUGUUUGGUUCUGCUGGCUCCGAGGCACAGCUUCUCUCCCCGACAGACGAACAUCAGCAAGAUGUGAUCGAGGCAGCCACAGGAUCUGCAGAGGCGAAACCCGGAGUUGCGCUCGCAUCUGUGCCGGUGAAGAAGGGCCGAGCACGGAAGCCGCGUCCGGCCCAACAGCCCAAGGACACUGUCGAGCCUGUCAUGCAAAUCGUCGCAGCCCAUCCCGAUGGACCAGUCGAGCGCAAAAAGCCCGGCAGAAAGCGCCCCAAGAACAUGAAUCCAAUUCCUCGCCCCUGCAACUGCUGGAUCAUAUAUUUGGGCUACUGGAUGCCGCGGGUCAAGCAGUAUAUGAUCCAAAACCCGCCCAAGGGCUUUGAUCCCUCCAGGCUUAGCGGCCGAGAUAUCCUGCACGCUGUGACCAGGGAAGUGUCCCGGAUGUGGAGAACAGAGCCGUGCGAUGUCCAGAAAGACUGGCGGGCCGCUGCCAAACAGGUAUUGAAGAAUCAUAAGGAGCUCCAUAAGGAAUACAAGUAUUCUCCGCGCCGGAACCCCAAGCGCCGCAAGGUCAACAAACAAGCUCGCUCGGCCAGUGCAUCCGAUUGA